GCGUCGUGUGGUCUGGCGGUAUUCCCUCUCUUCUUCACCUCCUCGGUAACCGGCUGGUGAGAGCGACUGAUUAUGGUUUAUGCCCCGACCGGGAAUACACCAAGGAACAACACGGGGACAUCUUUGAGAAUGAAUGGAUUAUAUGCCUGUUUCCGGGUAAGAAAUGACCAUCUGCUCGCGGAGGUGCGCGCUGUAGGUUCAGGUUCAGGUUCAGGUUGAUGUAGACUAAAGCUUAAAGCACUGGCAUCCCAGCCUCGUCAAUAUCAGCUCGUCCGUAUGGAAGCAUUCCAAUUUCAUUUUCUAACAUCGUGCAUUGAGGAUAUCAGUUAUUUUUGUCGUUUAUUUGGACAUUUGCCCCCUUCUUGUUCUGCAUUUAAAUGCGUCCAUUUAAAUGCGUCGGCUGGGACAGGACUCGCUUCAUGCUAUUUAUGGGAUUUGUAUUUUAUUCUCCACGUAACGACCAACAGCUCAGAGGCAUAUGAAAGAGACGUGACACGGAUUCCACACACCCCGAAGGAGAAGCUGCUCAGAGAAGAAUAUGAAAAAGCAAGAAAUUGGAGAGACCAUCCAUUUUGUGGCUAGAGAAGAUGUUGAGGAAGGGGACACUGGGAUAGGCAUAAUUAUAGAAACAGGAGCCUCUGAAUAUACAUUCAUCGACAUGGGAGAACCCAGCUGUGAAAAAACAUGUUGGGCCUAUUAAUUCUAUGAUUACAAUGACUAGGCCUAUAGGAUAAUGGUUGGAUCAUAUCCAAUAAAACAUCAUUACAUUUGAUGCCAUCUUGUCGGGAAAAACACAAUAGGAAAAGAUGACCCAGAAAUCGUGAAGGCACUGUCAUCCAUCAGUGCCUUCAGCAUCAUGUUAUGAUGUGGAGUGGCUACGAGAGAAUAUAAACGGAAUUGUACAUGAAUAUCGCUGAUUUGUAGGCCUAUGCGAUUUUUUUCAUAGCGUAGGCCUAUUUCAUAAUGUAACAACCUCCUUUUACAUAUUUCUUUCAAGGCAAACGUUUAAUUUUUGUCUAUUGGGAGCGAAUCCACACCACUUGGUCUCCAAGUUUCAAAUGAAAUGAAUAUUGACAUUGGAAUUUAACAUUUAAAGGGAGCAACCUCGAUAUAAUCGAGACUCAUGUUUCGAACCAAAGAAACAUCCCAUGGCACACAGAAAAUACGUAGACCUAUAUCUGUCAUACGAAUAUAUGGCCUCUCCAUGCUAAAGUGAAGUGAUGGUCUGUUGUUUUGUAUUCUAGUAUUUGGCCACUGUGAUCAAUUUGUCUUUAUUCUCAAUGUUAUUUGUCCACCCUCCUCCACUAAUUUCUGGAUUCAAAAUGUAUUACCCUGAAUGGAAACCAUAUGUGGCACACUUGAUUUGAAACAAGUGUUUGUUUUUUCAUUGCUGAGCAUGUUUUUCUAACGCGGACAAUAGUCUUACUGUCAAGUGCGAGAAGCUUUUUUGAUGCUUACAGUCUGAUUUUUUGUGAGCGACAUAAACAGAGGUGGAAUUGAUGACACAGAACUGGACACCGCUGUUGUACUCCGAGGAUAUUGCACUGUACAAGCCAGGAGCACUACUAGAGUCACUGGAAAUUCGACACGCUUCAAGUGCAAGUUCAUGUUUUUGGCAGUUUCGCUCAAAAUGUGAAGAGUUUUAUUGUAGGAGUGCCUCACGACGGAAAAAGAACAGGAAAGGGAUAUGAAUCCGAGAAGGUGAUGAUGAUGCUGGAUACACAGAAUGCGACCCAGGAGAUUGGCGAGGAGGUGGAGGACGGGGCGGUAUACACCAUCACCCUGCGGAAGGUGCAGAUGCUCCACCACCACCACCACCCUGGCCACCACGGUGGCGGCAGCGGGGCCAUUAAGGGCCAACGCUGGCUAGGUGUGGAGACAGACGCAGCCCUCAGCCUGUACGAGACGUGCAAGGUGCGCACCAUCAAGGCAGGCACGCUGGAGAAGCUGGUGGAGUACAUGGUGGCGGCGUUCCGGGGCAACGACUCCACCUACGUUACCAUCUUCCUCUGCACCUACCGCUCCUUCGCCUCCACCAAGCAGGUCCUGGACCUACUGCUCAACAGGUAUGCCAAGCUCCAGCACCUGCCUGGCUCAGAGGGCCACAUACUGACUCACGAUGAUCGCACAGAGCUGAGGAACACGAUAUCCUCAAUCUUGGGGGCAUGGCUUGACCACUACUCUGAGGACUUCUGGAAGCCUCCGGAGUACAGCUGCCUGCGACGGCUCAUUUCCUACCUGCAUCUCAACUUCUCGGGAUCGGACCUGGAACGCCGUGCCUGCAACCUCCUGGCCCACUUCCACCGCCGGCAGCUCCAAGAGCCCGAGCGUGAGUUGCUGGACCAUCCUUUCACCUUAUUGGAGGAGAAUGGCUACGAGGUUGACCGACUGGACUUCCUGAACUUUGACCCGGUGGUGGUGGCCGAGCAGUUCACCCUCAUGGACGCGGAGCUCUUUAAGAAGGUGGUCCCCUACCACUGUCUAGGGAGUAUCUGGUCGCAACGGGACAAGAAGGGCAAGGAGCAUCUGGCACCCACCAUUCGUGCCACUGUCACGCAGUUCAACUGCGUCACCAACUGUGUCAUCGCCACCUGCCUGAGCGAGCGUUCACUCAAACCCAUCCAGCGCGCCAAGCUGGUGGAGCGCUGGAUCGAAGUGGCCAGGGAGUGUCGAAUCCUGAAGAACUUUUCUUCGCUGCGGGCCAUCCUUUCUGCUCUGCAGUGCAACCCGGUCCACCGGCUGAAGAGGACAUGGGACGAGGUGUCCAGGGAGAACUUCCGCAUCUUCCACGAGUUGUCAGAAAUCUUCUCAGACGAAAAUAACCAUUCGCUCAGCAGAGAGCUGCUCAUCAAGGAGGGCACGUCCAAAUUUGCCACCUUGGAAAUAAACCCCAAACGAGCCCAGAAGAGACAGCAGCAACCCCGAGACCUGAGUGUGAUGCAGGGGACCAUUCCCUACCUGGGUACUUUCCUCACAGACCUAGUCAUGAUGGAUACUGCCAUGAAGGACUACCUGGACGGAGGGCUGAUACAUUUUGAGAAGAGGAGGAAGGAGUUUGAGGUGAUUGCCCAGAUCAAGCUUCUGCAGCUGGCCUGCAACAAUUAUAACUUCACCCGCAACAAGCGUUUCCGAGAGUGGUUCUCCAGUGUGGACAAACUCACUGAGGCUGAGAGCUACAGUCAGUCGUGUGAGAUCGAGCCGCUGUCGGAGUCAGCCUCCAAUACUCUGAAAAAGAAGAACACAGGAAUCAUCAAACGCUGGAGCGAUCGCCAGCCGGCCAGCUCAGAGCCAGGCUGCAGCAGUGCGGGCAGCUCUCACUCCAAAUCCUUUGACCAGCUGCGCUACGCCCCCUGCAUGGGGGUCUCGGGUGGAGGUGGAAGGGGUGACGGAGCAGACUCCUUGAGCAUCACCUCGGGCGGCUCCAGCAGCUCCGACGUCGAGGACAUAAAUAUCAGCUUAAUCUCUGACUCACCCGACGCCCACGAGCGAAAGACCUCCACACCUUCCGUAAAACAUUCCAAUUCCAUGUUAGGGAAGUGCGGCCCCUUGCCUGACCUGGCACCCACGUUCUGGGAGUCCACCUCUCUGUCCUCCCUGGAUGCCUCUGGUCUGGGCUCUGGCUCGGGCUCCAGCAGCACCUCCUCCUCCUCCAUGUCCUCCACGCCCGUGUCGGGGGCCGGCUCCCGCUCGCACAAGCGCUCCGUGUCGGGUGUGUCCAACUAUUCGUCGCUGUCACUGCCCCUCUACAACCAGCAGGUGGACGACUGCUGCAUCAUCCGGGUCAGCCUGGACGUGGACAACGGCAACAUGUACAAGAGCAUCAUGGUGACCAGUCAGGACAAGACGCCGGCGGUGAUCAGGAAGGCCAUGGUGAAACACAACCUGGACCGGGAGAGACCGGAGGACUAUGAACUGCUGCAGAAGAUCUCUGAGGAGAAAGAGCUGAAGAUUCCAGACAAUGCCAACGUUUUCUAUGCCAUGAACUCCUCGGCCAACUACGACUUUGUCCUGAAGAAACGUGGCUUCCCCAAGGUGGGCCGGACCAAGCACGUAGCCAGCUCCACCCUGCCGCGCAUGAAGCAGAAAGGCCUGAAAAUCGCCAAGGGCAUCUUCUGAGGGGCCACACCAUGUCCUCGCCCACCUCCCCGCUUCCUGCUGGGCUCUCUGGGUGCCAUCUUUUAGUGCCACCCUUUCUGUGCCAUGGUAGAGGAGCCUGUCGCCAGCUCUGUCGUGUGUUCGGCGUCUGAGCGUCAAAGCCUCAGAGGACUAAUAAAGCUGAGUGGUAUGGACAGCCCUAUAGGCCAAUGAACUUGCACUGGACUCCAUUUUGCGAGGUAGCCGACUGCACUUGUGGAAGCAGUGACUCUGUGUGGAUGCUGGGUAUGCUUACAUACCCACAUCUGACCCCUCUCCCAGGUGUUUCCUAACCAGGCCACAACCCAUGUUCCACAAAGGCCAGGUCACUUCCUAUGAGCCCAAAUCCCUUCCUGUUAGCUUCAGCUCUCUGUGGAUGUCCUAAUCGAGAGCGAGCACUCAAGAGGGAAAACCUGAGGGAAAGUGGUAACAAUGUCAUCCAGGUGCGUCUGAAAAUGCCUUCCCUCUAAAGGAGUUACACUCCCUAUUAUUUCUACAGAACUCUCCCUCAGCGGAUGCAGCAUGUUUCUCUGGAUGUUACUCCUUUUUUACACUCCUUUCUACACUACCAACAACUGCAUCUGUUUCUACGACGUUCCGCGACACACGGACUGAGACAGAUGGACAGUUGAACAGAUGCUCAGUACUGCCAGCUUGCGGAGGGAGACCACUACAAGGAAUUUGGGAGAGAAAGGCCCCUACUGGGUGUCUACAUCUGGUUGUUGACCAAUCACCAGAGACUUUACUCCUUUUAACUCCUUUCUUAUAAUGGGAACAUGUCCAGUUUGUUAAACUAACACUAUUCACACAAAUGAGGCAUUAUUAUUACUACAGGCAUUCAAUAAUACCUACUUUUGUCACUGCUUUGAUGCGGCAGCGCUCUGCAUUGAUUGUGCUUUGCGUCUUAUUACGCCAAGUGGUGCUAACGGACAAUGAAAUGCUACAACCAACCCGCUCCCUCCCUCCCCUUUGCUUUCAUGCCUGAUGUCUUCAGUUUCACACUAGCGUUUGAGAGAGAGGCUCUCUCCUGACAGCUGGGCCAACGAGAAGGAGUAGGUGGCCAUGAGGGCUUUAUGACGAUGGUUCAUGGAAAUAGUGCAACUGAGGCAUCAAGCAUCCAUUUUGGUUCAGUAUUUGCAGUUUUAAUGUGGGCAUUUCUGUAAUACCCCAAAAAACAUGGGGCCAAUUAGAGUACCUGAAAUGGUAGCUUGAAAUGCACAAUGCCGGGCGGCCAUGCAGCUCAAACAUGGCUUUUCCUGGGUUGGCAAUGCCUUAGAGAGCAGAACUGCCUACAUGUGAGCCGAGUGGCACAAAAUGACUGUUGUUGGCAUGGUGACCACUCCCUCAGUAGGCAGUUAGCUCCAAGCCAUUUGAUGGACCCCAUGUGUGAUAGACCCUCUUGUCAAUGACUUGCAGAAGGAGAGAAGCUUAUGUAAAAGGACACUGUGCUCCCUUUGUGUGUGUGUGUGUGUGUGUGUGUGUGUGUGUGUGUGUGUGUGUGUGUGUGUGUGUGUGU